AAUUUGUAGUUGUUUACGCGUGGAUCGGGCAACUCUGUAUAGCAAUACCACGGGUCACAUAAUUAAUCCAGACAGACUUCCUCUAAAUCACAGGCACUUGUUUCUCAAAACCCACACACACAUCUUCCUUAUUAAAUUCUCUCAAUCGAUCCAAAGAUUUGCAGAUCAGAUCUUUGCACCAUACAAUGACUACAUCCAAGCGUUUAGCCGACCGAAAGGUGGAGAGGUUUGAGAAGAACAUCAAGAAGCGCGGCACCGUUCCUGAAACGGCAACAAAGAAAAAGGAUUCUUAUCCUGUGGGACCCAUCGUGCUCGGUUUCUUCAUAUUUGUUGUGAUCGGAUCCUCUUUGUUUCAGAUAAUUCGCACGGCAACAAGUGGAGGCAUGGCUUGAACCUUGAAUCAUGAACUAUAAGGCAGCAAGAGACUAGGGUUUGUUUGUUUUUAUGAUUAAGAGAGCUCAAGUUGCCUUUUUUAUGUAAGUUAAGCAGUUUGUUGGUUGACUAAUGAGAUAUAAUAAAAUAAAUUAAGUGAAUGCCUGAAAUACCCUUUACA